AUGGUCCUCCUCCCUAUAAAACCCAUCGUAAUUAAAUCAUCCCGACCUGCGCGCGAGACUGUCAAACUUUGUCUCAGGCGUUCGUUUUUGUUUCUCUCGUUCGCGUGCGUGCUCGUCGUCUGUGUCUUUGGCAUCGACAACCUCGCGUUCGUUGAUGAAAGAAAGGCCGGGAAAAAAAACGACGACGCUUUCGAUUUGAUGAAAAACGAGAAGAAGGACAACGACCGAGGACGACGACGACCGGGCUUCGGGUUGAUUGAUUCCGUGCUGCGGGCGUCGACGGCGACGACGACGAAGGAAGAAAUCAUGCACGAGGUGGAGGAGAUGAAGUACGAGCGGCCGAGCGAUGAGUCCUCCUCCGAGGACAGUGGUGGUGGUGCGUUUGGAGAUAUCGAAGAAGAAGAAGAAGAAGUAGGAAAGGAAGAAGACGAAAGCGCGAAGGAGAUCGAUACACCAUCGACGACGACGACGAUGGAUGAAGUGAAAGAGAAGGAAGAGGAGAAGCCUAUCGAUGUGACGACGAAAGAAGUAGAAAUAAAAGAAGAAGAACAGCGAGAACAACCGGCGGCGGCGUCGAGCGUUGAACGAGAGGAGACGAAAGGAGAAGCGCCGCGAGAAGAAGGAGACGAACGAGAGCAACGAAUAGCGGAAGACGACCUGACGCCAAAAAGUUUCGUGGAGUUCACCGCGAAAGAUCUCGAAGACGUCGAGCGGUUCGAUUACAUGAUGCAAAAACGGGACGGUUCUAUAGGAUUGAGCAAAAAUCAGUGCCAAGAAGUGAAGACGUAUUUCCAAGAGAUGUUGAAACCGAGGUACGAAGAUUUGAAAACGAACAGGAUUGUCAUCAUUGAUUGGUCGGAAAAUUAUCAGAACGGCAUCGGAGACGAGAUGCAACAUUAUCAAGAGUUGUUUAUCAUCGGCGUUUCAACAGGGAGAGCGGCGUACGUCAAGACGCAAAAAGCAGAGUGCGACGGAUUGGGCGUCUCGGAAGGCGACGAGAUUGAGAACUCUAAAACGUACGAGGAUUUAGCGAGGAAGUGCCAGUUUGAUUUGGGAGAUUAUUUCAUCGGCUACGGCGAUGUCGAUUGGAAGUGGGAUAAGGGGAAGAGAAGACGUGCGAAGAAAGAGUUGUUCGAGGAAGGCGAUUUCGAGGAGACGGUGUUUACGUGGAGUCAAAAGGGCUCGUACAUCGGCGACGAGCAACCGGAAAGGUAUAAAGGUGGAUUUUACGCCGAACCGGAUGAGAAUUCAAUCGUGAAAACUAUGGAACACCCGAAGUUUCAAGCCGCUCGCGUCGCUCGCAUUCGAAUCAAAACGAAUUUUGGCCACUGGUGCCAUCCGAAACCGUCCGAUUGGGGGAUUUGUUUGUCCUAUCGCUGGGCGACGAAUUUCGAGAACAAUUUUACGUCGAGCAAAUGCGGCGAGGCGUGCGGAGUAGGGUCGUGUUUUGGAACGCAUAUGUUGAUGCCGAGGAAGCAUUUAAAAAUAGCCAUGCUUCCAGCGUUCGAGGAAAUGUCCAGAAGAGGGUGGAAACAAAUCGUCGGCGCGCACAUUCGCACCGGCUUUGCGGAUAUGAGUCAAGUCGAACCGCCGACGAAUGUUCCAAGAGUUGUAAAACAGGCAGACUUAGCGUCCGUUGACGAACUUUUAGCGACGGAACGAACGAAAAGAACAUAUCCGGAACCGAAGUGUCCGAUUAAAAAAGAUGAACACAGUGUGAGUUGGCCGAGGGGGAGCGACGAUGAAGACGCCGGCGCCGGCUCGGCGCCGUUGACGCUCUUCUUGAAAUGUCUUGCCGAUUUAAUGAGAGACGUCCGAUUGAAAGAAAGCGACCCGUUGGGUUUGUUUUUUACGACGGAUUCACCAGCCAUCAACGCCAUCUUACAUUCCCCGGAAGCGUUGGAAGUUUUACGAGUGAACGGGACGGAAGUCUUAAGCACGGUUGGCUCCUUCGGCAACGUGAAAUUCUCCAACACCGGCGUCUGCGACGACGCCUCGGACUCGUGCAUCGCCAGCGACCCCCGAAGCGCGUGGUUGAAAUCCAUGGUCGAUAUGACCCUCUUAGGAGAAACAGACGUCGAGCUGUUACUAUACAGCUCCAAAUUCGCCGACGCUGCGUUGAUGCGAUCAAUAAAAGUCAAAAGAGGACGCGUGCAUUUUUACGAAGACACGCGCAUAACGCACCAACUGAUCGAUCCUUUAGUCUCGAGAAUCCAAAAGCCAAACCCGAGCGAGGAGGAUUGGAAAGCCUGGGGGCUAUUGUGGGAUAACUUUGGUCCGAGCGGCGAACGAAUAGACGUGAAAGGAAGCACGUUAGCUCGAAAAACAAGCGUAGCGUAG